CCUGACUGAGACUGAGAGUCAGUCUUGUCUGACUUGUUAGUCCAAGACACCAAUUCAAACAGUUCGGUCGUUUAAAAGCUCUAAUUUUUACUUACCUACCUUCUUGCAGCUUUGAUAUGGAUGCCGGUUCAAGCCAUCCAUCAGCUAGAUAGCCAGCCAUUAUAGCUUUAGCAGCCAUGCAAUUGUAAAUACCGCGUUCCGUUCGUCUUGAGUGGAUUUGGAAGCGUGCGUUUUGUUUGAUAUUUUAAAAGUCACAGCAGACGAUAUUCAUUAGGCCUUGACGGCUCAGCUUCGUCGGUUUUUCAGCAAAGUUGUAAAAGAAAACAAAAUAUUGUACUUUUGACCCAAAUUUUUGGGCAAAAUAUUGUUUUGAGUGGGUCUGUUUGUUUUUGACGUUUCAUACGGAAUUACAACUUUUAGCACGAGGUUAAGAGUCGUCCUUUGAGUGUUUUUUGUUGGCUUAAUUGGUUUCUGAAAUGAAAUAAAUAAAUUUUAAUUAUGAUUAAAGUGCUAAUAAAAUAUUUUAAUUGUUUUUAAAUAAAUAAAUAAAUUUUAAAAAUUCAUAAUUUCAAUAAUUUGCUGUUUGUGUUUAAGUGAGCCGACAUCCGAUAGACGGUCAUUGGAUGGUGUGAUUUGUGAUUUGUUAACCUUUUUUGGUUGGUUAUUAAAUUAAUUGAUUAUUCCAAGCGGUUACUGAACGAUAACUUUGGUAUAGAACAAUAAAUCAUCACAAAUAAAUCAAACUAUCAUCAAUUCAGACCUAAAAAAUUUAUUUCUUUUCUGUGAAAAUAUUUCAAGGCAUUUAAAGACAAAAAUACAUAAACAAAAAUGACAAAAAUCAAACAAUUAGCAAGACCAAUUGCAAAAGAAUUCCAUCGUGAUAGUUGUGGAUUUAAUCACACUCCAGCAGAUGAUUUCGUAAAGUCACAAUGGCAAAGUCGAUCGAAAAGCGUCAUCUAUCUUAUAUACCGUUGGAUAAUUGGAUUAUUCUUCGUGGGUGUAGUUAUCGAAUCGAUAUUAUUCGGUGGUUCUGGAUAUCACUUUUUUAUUUUCCUAACAAAUUGGGGUAUUUUAAUGUGCAUGUUUACCAAUUUGUUAGGUGCAGUUUUAGUUAGUAUUUAUCAUUUUCAUCCUGAAUACGAGGAUCGAUUAUUAAAUAUGGAAACAUUGACGUGUCCAUUCAGAAUAUAUUGGGGUAUGCAUAUUACAACCUUAGUUGUAUCUAUUGCUAUAACAAUUGUUUAUUGGACUCUUUUAUAUGGACCUGAAGUACCAUUAACUGCAUCGAAUAUUCUUACACAUGCAUGUAAUUCAGGAUUUAUGUUCUUGGAUCUUUUAAUUGUUGCCUAUCCAAUUCGAUUGCUACACAUUUUCCUGCCAUUUACAUUUGGAUCGAUUUUCGCUGUAUUUUCUUAUGUCUAUUAUGUUGCUGGAGGACUUGAUCAUCAUGGCAACCCUUUCAUUUAUACAGUUCUGGAUUGGCGAAACACUCAAGGUGCCCUCAUAACCUGCAUUGGUGUCCUCUUGUUAACUUGUUUCAUAUACAUUGUUGUUUUUAUGGUAUAUAAAGUGCGAGUUUUUAUUUACCGUCGGAUUUAUUCGCCAGCGGUAUUUAACCCAACAACAGAUACAACAACAAUUGAUGGUAAUUCCAAAACAAUUGACACCAAAGGAAUUCAACAUUCACCAUCGGGCAUAUCAAUGGUUCUGGGCAAUUAUACUGGCUAUGAAAAUCAAGGAUUUUCAACGAUUAGUGAAAAAGUCGAAAAGCGACAUUCUUUGGAUGUUGUAUAAAAA